CAAGGACCCAAGGGGCAGAAAGGCGAACCUUACGCACUGUCUAAAGAAGACCGAGACAAGUACAGGGGUGAGCCUGGCGAGCCUGGACUCGUUGGAUACCAGGGGCCUCCUGGCCGUCCAGGGCCAAUAGGACAGAUGGGUCCCGUGGGAGCUCCUGGAAGACCGGGACCACGAGGGCCCCCUGGACCCAAAGGACAACCAGGAAACCGAGGACUUGGUUUUUAUGGAGAAACGGGUGAAAAGGGUGACGUAGGAGAGCCAGGACCCAAUGGGAUCCCAUCCGAAAUCACACUUGCUGGGCCUACGCCAUCAACGUACAACCCGGAUCUGUACAAGGGCGAAAAGGGAAGCAAAGGAGAGCAAGGGGUCCCAGGCAUAUCCAUGAAAGGCGAGGAAGGCAUCAUGGGAUUCCCAGGGAUACGGGGUUUUCCUGGCCUUGAUGGAGAAAAAGGAGUCUUAGGACAGAAGGGAAGCAGAGGCCUGGAUGGUUUCCAAGGCCCCAGCGGACCCCGAGGACCCAAGGGAGAGCGUGGGGAACAAGGCCCCCCAGGACCCCCUGCCUACUCGCCCCAUCCAUCCCUAGCAAAAGGUGCCAGGGGUGAGCCAGGAUUCCCAGGUGCUCAAGGGGAGCCAGGAAGCCGAGGUGAGCCAGGAGACCCUGGACCCAUAGGACCCCCAGGCCCGUCCAUCGGAGAUAAAGAUACAAAGAGAGGCCUUCCAGGUGAGAUGGGGCACAAAGGCUUCCCAGGAGAACCGGGCGUCCCUGCACUCUAUCCUGGUCCACCAGGUGCUGAUGGAAAACCAGGGUCCCGAGGAGUCACUGGGCCUGCAGGCCCACCUGGACCUGAUGGCUUCCUGUUUGGCCUGAAAGGAUCAGAAGGAAGAGUGGGUUACCCCGGGCCUUCGGGUUUCCCAGGGAAUCGAGGGCAGAAAGGAUGGAAAGGUGAAGCUGGAGAUUGCCAAUGUGGCCAGUUCAUCACGGGUCUCCCAGGGCUGCCAGGACCCAAGGGUUUUCCUGGCUUCAAUGGGGAGCUGGGAAAGAAAGGGGACCAAGGAGACCCAGGAGUGCAUGGGAUCCCUGGAUUCCCAGGAUUCAAGGGAGCCCAGGGCCCCACUGGAGUUCCUGGACGAAAGGGAGCGAAGGGAGAUUCUAGAACAGUCACCACCAAAGGUGAGCGAGGACAGCCAGGUGUGCCAGGUGUACAUGGGAUGAAAGGUGAUGACGGCAUCCCAGGACGUGACGGGCUUGAUGGAUUCCCUGGCCUUCCUGGCCCUCCGGGUGACGGCAUCAAAGGCCCUCCAGGGGACGCAGGUGUCCCUGGCGUACCUGGAACCAAGGGCUUUCCAGGAGAGGUGGGUCCUCCGGGACAGGGCUUGCCAGGCCCAAAAGGCGAGCGUGGUUUCCCUGGAGACGCUGGACUGCCAGGACCCCCAGGCUUCCCUGGUCCUCCAGGUCUCCCAGGAACCCCAGGACAGAUAGAUUGUGACACGAGUGUGAAAAGGCCUAUUGGAGGCGGCCAGCAAGUGGUUGUUCAGCCAGGUUGUGCUGGAGGGCCCACAGGAUCACCUGGCCAGCCAGGACCCCCAGGCCCCACAGGUGUCAAAGGCAUCAGAGGAAUACCAGGAUCCCCAGGAGCUUCUGGAGAACAAGGACUCAAGGGCUUUCCAGGAGAUCCAGGUCGUGAAGGCUUCCCAGGACCCCCAGGGUUCAUGGGACCUCGAGGAUCCAAAGGUGCCCCAGGCCUUCCUGGCCCAGAUGGACCUCCAGGCCCCGUUGGACUUCCAGGGCCAGCUGGACCCCCUGGGGACAGAGGGAUUCCAGGAGAAGUCCUAGGGGCCCAACCUGGGCCCCGGGGAGAUGCUGGAUUACCAGGACAGCCUGGGCUAAAGGGGCUCCCAGGAGAAAUAGGACCACCAGGAUUCAGAGGAAGUCAGGGGAUGCCCGGGAUGCCGGGUCUUAAAGGACAGCCAGGCUUCCCAGGACCUUCGGGACAGCCAGGACUGCCUGGACCCCCAGGACAGCAUGGAUUCCCAGGAGCUCCUGGCCGAGAGGGACCCUUGGGGCUACCAGGCUCCAUCGGCCUUGGAGGUUUGCCUGGAGACAGGGGUGAGCCUGGUGACCCUGGUGUCCCGGGCCCUGUGGGCAUGAAAGGCCUGUCUGGAGACAGAGGUGACGCUGGUAUGUCGGGCGAGCGUGGUCAUCCUGGAAGUCCCGGAUUUAAAGGGAUGGCAGGGAUGCCUGGCAACCCUGGGCAAAAAGGCGAUCGAGGGUCACCUGGAAUGGACGGCUUCCAGGGCAUGCUGGGGCUCAAGGGACGACCAGGCUUCCCAGGAAUCAAGGGAGAGGCUGGAUUCUUUGGAGUUACUGGUGCGAAGGGCCUGCCUGGUGAGCCAGGUGUUAAAGGAAACCGAGGGGACCGGGGACCGCCAGGACCACCUCCUCUCAUCCUGCCAGGGAUGAAGGACAUUAAAGGAGAAAAGGGAGAGGAAGGGCCAAUGGGUCUGAAAGGCUACCUAGGCUUAAAAGGUAUCCAAGGAAUGCCUGGGGUCCCCGGGCUGACUGGAAUCCCUGGGCUGCCUGGGAGGCCCGGACAAAUCAAAGGAGUCAAGGGAGACAUCGGAGUCCCUGGCACGCCAGGCUUGCCAGGAUUUCCCGGGGUGGCUGGUCCUCCUGGAAUUACCGGGUUCCCAGGAUUCAUAGGAAGCCGGGGUGAAAAGGGUACUCCGGGAAUAGCAGGGCUUUUUGGCGAGUCUGGCCCUACUGGAGACUUUGGUGAUAUUGGGGAUACUGUGAACUUACCAGGAAGCCCAGGCCUGAAGGGGGAACGGGGAGUCACCGGAACACCAGGUCUCAAGGGAUUCUUUGGAGAGAAAGGAGCUGAGGGUGACAUUGGACUUCCUGGGAUAACAGGCAUGGCUGGAGCCCAGGGUUCUCCUGGACUUAAAGGACAGACAGGCUUUCCAGGUCUCACAGGGCUGCAAGGGCCACAGGGAGAGCCUGGGCGGAUCGGAGUGCCCGGUGAUAAGGGCGAUUAUGGCUGGCCAGGGGUACCAGGCUUACCAGGUUUUCCAGGAAUCCGAGGCAUCGGCGGAUUACACGGCCUGCCAGGCACCAAAGGCUCCCCCGGAUCCCCAGGUACCCAGCGUCGCCCCAGGCCCCAUCACAGUAUUGGAGAUGAGGGCUCUGGCCUGGGUUUCAAUGGGCAGAUGACUGCAAUCCUGGGGAACUGUAGCAGCCACCGUGCUGAUGUCUAUGGAGACCCAGGGUUCCCAGGCCCCACUGGAGACAGGGGGGAUCGUGGAGAGGCUAACACACUUCCAGGCCCCAUGGGAGAUCCGGGGCAGAAAGGGGAGCGGGGAACCCCCGGGUCACGUGGUCCAGCUGGCAGCCCAGGACUUCAGGGUUUUCCGGGCAUCUCUCCUCCGUCCAACAUCUCUGGGUCACCUGGUGAUGUAGGGGCACCAGGAAUAUUUGGCUUGGAUGGCUACCGAGGCCCUCCAGGACCACCUGGGCCAAAUGCGUUUCCUGGAAUCAAAGGCGAUGAGGGGAGCUCCGGAACUGCAGGACUCCCUGGACAGAAAGGAUGGGUUGGGGAUCCAGGGCCGCAGGGCCAGCCUGGCGUGGUUGGUCUUCCAGGAGAGAAAGGGCCCCAUGGUGAGCAAGGAUUCAUGGGCAACAUUGGGCCCUCUGGGACUGUGGGUGACCGAGGCCCCAAAGGACCCAAAGGAGACCAAGGAUUCCCAGGUGCCCCUGGAUCCAUGGGGUCACCAGGCAUCCCAGGCGUUCCCCAGAGGAUUACCAUCCAGCCUGGAAUCAUGGGUCCCCAAGGCAGGAGAGGCCUUCCUGGUGCACAGGGAGAUAUAGGGCCUCAGGGCCCUCCUGGAGAGCCAGGUUUCCGUGGGGCUCCAGGCAAGGUUGGACCCCAGGGCAGAGGUGGUGUCUCUGCUAUUCCAGGGUUCCGGGGAGACCAAGGGCCUAUGGGACACCAGGGCCCAGUUGGCCAGGAAGGGGAGCCAGGCCGUCCAGGGAGCCCAGGUCUACCAGGGAUGCCAGGCCGCAGUGUCAGCAUCGGCUACCUCCUGGUGAAACACAGCCAGACGGACCAGGAACCCAUGUGUCCCGUGGGCAUGAACAAGCUCUGGAGUGGGUACAGCCUGCUGUAUUUUGAGGGCCAGGAAAAAGCCCACAACCAGGACCUCGGGCUGGCGGGCUCCUGCCUGACGCGCUUCAGCACCAUGCCGUUUCUGUACUGCAACCCGGGUGACGUCUGCUACUAUGCCAGCCGCAACGACAAGUCCUACUGGCUCUCCACCACGGCCCCGCUGCCCAUGAUGCCCGUGGCUGAGGAUGAGAUCAAGCCUUACAUCAGCCGCUGCUCUGUAUGCGAGGCCCCGGCUGUGGCCAUCGCUGUCCACAGCCAAGAUGUCUCUAUACCCCACUGCCCAGCUGGGUGGCGGAGCCUGUGGAUUGGGUAUUCCUUCCUCAUGCACACUGCCGCCGGGGACGAGGGCGGCGGCCAGUCACUGGUGUCGCCCGGCAGCUGUCUGGAGGACUUCCGCGCAACGCCGUUCAUCGAGUGCAAUGGGGGCCGCGGGACCUGCCACUAUUUCUCUAACAAGUACAGCUUCUGGCUGACCACCAUCCCCGAGCAGAACUUCCAGAGCACACCGUCGGCCGACACGCUCAAAGCUGGCCUGAUUCGCACGCACAUCAGCCGCUGCCAAGUGUGCAUGAAGAAUCUGUGAGCCCCCCGCCAUGCCCGCCAGCAGCCGGGUGGGAAGGCCACUUUGGUGCUUAUUCUUUUGUAUUUUGUAUUUUGUAUUUCCUUUGUUGUUUGAGACGAUGGUGUCUCACUUUUCAUCCCUGUCUAGCCUGGAACUACGUAACCCAGGCUGGCCUCCAACUUGUGGCAAACCUCCUGCCUCAGCUCCCCAAGUGUUGGGAUUUACAGGCGUGUGUCACCACACCCAGCUUGGUGCUUUCUCAUAACUUAUUACCUCAGAUGCUGCCCCCCCCCCCAAGCUGAUCUUAGUAUUUUCUUUAAAAACAAAACCACCAAAGCAAUUGCGCACCAGCACUCACACCAGUCGUCUGUCAGCAAGUGGGCACUGGUUCCUCUGGGCUCUACCCCCCACGGCUCACAGCCCUGCCAACACCCACCUCCUCCAGCCAACAUUUUGGAGCCAC